AUGCCAUGCACAAGAUAUACACACACUAAUAGAGAAGUACAAGCUCUGCAACCAGUGCAACUGUGCAAGUAUAAGCUUAUACUCAUAUUACACAUGGCUGCUAGCAAGCCUGCCACUGCUGCCGCUGCUGGUCCUCAUAAGCUGGAGAUGGGCGCCUUCCAACCCUGCGUGUGGGGUGACUUCUUCGUCACCUACAACCCUCCCCUCUCGCAGAGCUCGGAGAUGACGAUGCAAGAGAGGGUGGAACAACUCAAGGUCCAAGUGCGCGCCCUGUUAGAGGACAACAAGAACAGGAGUGUGGCUGAUGUUGUGACACUCGUGGAAAUGCUCGAGCGGCUUGGCAUCGGCAACCACUUCCGUGGGGAGAUUGGCACGGCACUAAGGCACGUGCUAAACGAGGAGCCGGAGUUUCCAGCUAGCUCUGACGACCUCCACAUCGCCGCUCUUCGGUUUCGCCUACUUAGGCAGCAUGGGCUCUGGGUAUCUGCUGACAUAUUUGACAAGUUCAAAGAUGAGACAGGAAAUUUCAGCACAAGCCUAUGCAGUGACCCAGUGAGCCUUCUGAGCCUUUACAAUGCAGCGCACCUGGCAACACCUAGUGAGGAUGCACUAAGUGACGCAAUCGUCUUUUCGAGGUACCACCUCGAGGCAAUGAGAAACAAGCUUAGGCCACCAAUGGCAGAACAAGUCUCAUGUGCCCUCGACAUUCCUCUCCCACGGACCGUCAGGCGGUUGGAAACAAUGCAUUAUAUAAAGGAGUAUGAGCAGGACGAGUCUAACAAUGGCCCGCUCUUGGAGCUCUCCCGGCUUGACUUUGAAUUGGUCAGGUCCCUUCACCUCAAGGAGCUUAGGGAUCUAUCUUUGUGGUGGAGAGAUCUUUAUGACAAUGUGAAGCUAAGCUAUGCCCGGGAUCGUCUAGUGGAGAACUAUUUCUGGACAUGUAGCGUGUUCCAUGAGGAGGAGUACUCCCGCGCACGACUAAUGUUUGCAAAGACGUUCGGUCUGCUAUCCCUGAUGGAUGACACCUAUGAUGUCCACGCGACCCUGGAGGAUUGCUAUAAACUCAAUGAAGCUAUACAAAGAUGGGACCGAAGAGCGGUGUCUAUUCUACCUAAAUACCUGCAUAUGUUUUACAUCAGAUUGUUGGCUAACUUCAGAGAGUUUGAGGAUAUGUUGGGACCACAUGAGAAAUACCGUGUAUCUUACGCAAAGACAGCGUUUCAGUCAUCGUCUGAAUAUUACCUCUGUGAGGCCAAAUGGUCCAACGAAAAGUAUGCCCCGAGCUUCAAGGAGCACCUAGAGGUUUCACGUAUGUCGUCAGGCUUCCCCACACUGGCCCUUGUGCUACUCAUGGGUGUGGACAACACAGCAACCAAUGAGGCAUUUGACUGGGCAGCCGAUGUCCCAGACAUUGUCUGCGCAAGCGGAGUGAUCGCUCACUUUCUCAACGACAUUGCUUCUUACAAGUUGGGAAAGACCAAGAAGGAUGUGGCUAGCUCUGUGGAGUGCUACAUGAAGGAGAACCUCGUAGGGGGGCAGGAGGCUAUCGUGGCAAUCUCGGCGUUGGCCGAAGAUGCGUGGAGGAUGAUCAACCGAGCAUGUAUGGAGAUAGAACCCGCACUGUUGCCAGCGGCACAAUUGGUGGUGAACCUGACAAGGACGUUGGAGGUUAUAUACCUUGGUGGCAGGGACGGCUACACAUUUGGUGGUGACCUCAAGGGUCUCAUCGCCGCGCUCUUUCUCAAGCCCAUAUAUGUCGUUUAA